AUGGAUUUCCAACCGGUAAGCGUUAUCGACGAGGGUCGCCUACACUGGAAACUCACUGCUCCCGAAGCAAAGCCCGCGGUUCGGCUGAGUUCGCAGAACUUUUUCGCACCCGCCAUCAACCAGCACCACGCCGCAGCACCGACGCCAGCGCCGAUCGCUGUCCACUCGCUGCAGAAACCUCCACCGGCAGCACCGACGGGAGCACCCACUCUGUCCACUGUGACACCUCCGCAACUUCAACUGAAACAGCACCAGGUUCGCUUUGUGCCCGAGCAACGCACGGAGCUACCGUUUGCUCCGGUUCCACAGAAAGUUCCACUGGUUCGGCCAUUUCUCCCGGCUCCACGUGAAGGAGGUCCUGCGGUCCCAUUCCUACAGCCCACUAACCUAGGCCGGCACGUAUCGUUCCCGAUGGAUCAGGGCCCUAGACCACCGAACCCGAUGGCACAGGCUCCUGGCGGCCCGCAGAUGAUGCGACCCCCGAUGGGCCCACCGAUACGUACCGGGACCCCACCGCAGCUACAACCCGGGGGUCCUCGGCCAGUGUUUAUGGGUGGCGCCCAUCAGCAGCCACCAGGCGUCCCCAUGCCCAUGCGGCCACCGAUGCCACCCGGGACAGGAGUACCCGGGAUGCAGCCACAACGCCCUCCGUCGGCGCCCGGUAUGCAGCGACCUCCGAUGAUGAUGGGGCAACCGUCCCCCAUGCGACCUCCACCACCCGGGAUGGCCGGCGGUGGGCCGAGGCCAACGAUUUCACCCCAAAACUCGAACCUUGGCGGUGGCGGCGGUGCCGGACCACCAUUUCAUGGGAUGGGAGCGCCCCGUCCGUCAGGUCCUUACGGACCCACGGACUUUAUGCAGGCCCCGCCCGCCAACAGUAGACCGCCUUCGACGACCAACGUACGGCCGGCGUUCUUCAACCGUCCGCCGGAUCAAGCCAGCAGACCACCUUCCGGCACCCCGAUGGACGGUGGUCUGCCUCCGUCGGCCACCCAUUCGAUCAACGACGACGAUGACGACGUGGUGAUCGGGAAGAUUACCCCCGAAAGCCCGAAUCCGGCCAAUCGUGGGCCGCUGCGGAACUUCACAAUGCCCAAUGCCGGCGGCCCGAUGGGUGAGCGGGAAAAGUCCAUCCCAUCGCGGCCACCGUCCGUCGCUGGAAACUACAAGCCACCGGCGAACGAUUCGGAGCAGACCGACGGACUGCAGAACGCCGGUAGGCCCCCACUGCAUGCCCUGAAGGACUUCCUGCACAAGGAGCCGCCGCAGCGAGCUGGACAAUCACCCGGACAAUCGCCGUCACCCGGCAGCCAGCAACUGUCGCCGGCCAAUACGGACGAAAACUUUAGCUUCCGGCCGGGGCCCAAACCGCCCGGCCAGCCGGGUCAGCUGCCACAGCAGCAGCAGCAGUACAAAGUGGGCCCAACGCCCGGUCGAGACGGUGUCACGUUCCAGCUGCCCAACGGGAAGGAGGGACCACCACCAACGGAGUGGAACAGUCGAUCGAGACCUCCUCAGCAGCAGCAGCAGCAGCCGGUCGGUAGAAGCAUGGGCCCGAUGAAGCCCGCGGACCAGCAUCAGCACAAAGGUGACAACGACAGUGGCGUCGACGAGUACACUCAGGAAAAGGAUCGCUCCAAUGCGCCAACAUCGCCCGCGUCGCCACUGAAGUCGCCGAGCAAGAUACCGGCCCUAGCGAGGAGACCAGACAACAUUGGGUCCGAGAGCCGAUCGCGCAGUACCUCGAAGCAGCGUGCCAACGCGAAAACACCGGAAACGCCCUCGGAGCAACCGCUAAUCAAAAAAGUACCAAUGAACAAAAUACAGGUCGGUGGGGCACCGUCACCUAACCUGAAGGUAGUGAAGUCGAAGAUUGGCUCGCUGGAAAACACUAGCCACAAGCCGGGCGGCGGCAAUGUGAAGAUCGAGACGAAAAAGAUCGACAUCAAGGCGUCGGCACGGAUCGAGGCGAAGAACGACGCGUACAUGCCCAAAGGAGGCGACAAGAAGAUCAUCAACAACAAGCUGCAGUGGAACGCGAAGCCCAAGAUCGGAUCGCUCGACAAUGCGGCCCACAAGCCGGGCGGUGGCGACAAGAAGAUCGAAUCGAUCAAGACCGACUUCAAGGAGCGGGCGAAGCCCAAAAUCGGUUCCAAGGACAACAUGACCUACAAGCCGGGCGGCGGUGACAUUAAGAUCGUGCACCAGAAGCUGGACAUCAAGGCGGAGAGCAAGAUCGGGUCGCUCGACAAUCUGAAGCACAAACCGGGUGGCGGCGACAAGAAGAUCUUCGACGACAAGGAGUAUCUGAAGAAUAUCGAACACCCCAUCACGCCGAGCCCUUCGACGCAGCGUUCCACUUCGAUGCGUCGCAUGACGGCCAGCGUUUCCGGAGUCGAUCUGUCGCGCAGUAUCGACUACGAGCCCGUCCGAGCGCCACCACUGAUGACGGCAUCGCUGACCACUUCACUGAUCCUGCCGACCGAGUGCAUUGUGCUGUCCGUUGCGCAACCGGACGCCCCGAGCCCGGAGCGGAAGGUGCAGAAGCUCGAGUCGGCACCGUGCUACAUCCGCAGAGAUGGCCGCGCUAUUCAUCCCAAACCGUUCCGUACGUACUAA